CAUAUAUGGAAAAAAAUCACACUGAUAGAUUUUGUGGAUUUGGAACAAAAUCCAACUGAUACUCAUACACUUGAUAUCUCAAACCAUUCACAGUUUCCCUUUUUCUCUCUCACUGUAAACCCUUUUUAACCAGAAAUACAUCUCUGAGCCUGUCAUCAUUCUCUUUUCUAGCAAUUUGAAGAGACUUUCUUUCUUUUUUUCUCAUUUCUCUCUCUCUCUCUUUCUAUCAGAGAGGGAAUUACAGAAGCUGAUGUCUCGUUUCAUGAGGGGUGGUGAAGAUAAAGCUGUAAAUAAAGAUGGGAGAAGGAAGAUAAGAGCUUUGGUUGUAGAUGACAGCAUAGUGAACAGAACCAUUCACCACAAACUGUUGCAGAAUCUUGGCGUUGAAAAUCAAGUAGUUGGCAAUGGCAAAGAAGCUGUUGAUGCCCACUCUUCAGGCAAUUAUUUUGACCUCAUUUUGAUGGACAAUGACAUGCCUGUGAUGAACGGCAUUGAGGCCACAAGGAGGCUUCGCGCAAUGGGCGUUCGCAGCUUGAUUGCAGGCGUCACCACCCGAUCUCUAGAGCAAGAAAAACAAGAGUUUGUGGACGCUGGUUUAGAUGAUUAUCAAGAGAAGCCAUUGACAACUGCUAAGCUUGUUUCUAUAAUACAUAAAAUCAACCAAUCCGGUUCAACUCCUCGAUAGAUUCAGAGAAAAAAACAAAAAAACCCAUGUAAACUUUAAAGUUUCUUCAUGAAUCUGUUGUAAGUGUUCUUUUUCGUAUAAUUGUCAUCCAAUUAUAUAGCCAAGCCUCUUUUCCAGGGUUAAA